AUGGCAGCAAUGAUUUCAUCAACCGAAGUUCUUGGUGCAAGACUGCUACGAGAGAUCGCUGCCGAGGAAGGGACUCUAGAAGAUCUUCUCAAGGAUUUGCGCGCAGCAUGCGUCCCAAAUCCUUCUCGCACCGGGAUCCCAGAGCUCGAUGCCCUGUGGAAGACCCAGGGGGGUAGACUCUCCAUUACAGGCCGCACCCUCCCGCUACUCCACCACAUCCUCGCCCAUCUUGUCUCCCAGAGCCACAUGAAUGGGACAGUCGCACUUCUAGAUCUCACGGGUCGGUUCUCGCCCUCUCAUCUCGUACCAGCUCUUUCUGUCCAGGAACUACGCCAUAUUCAUGUCUUCCGGCCCACCAAAGCAAAUUUACAGGUUACCCUGGACAGUGUUGAGAAGUACAUGCUGUAUGGGGAGCAUACGAGCCAAGGACGGGAAUGGGUGGGGACUAUUGUUAAUGGGGGCGUAGGGGGAGAUAUCAAUCUUGGGUGGAGAGGCUGGUUGAGGGUUGAUAGGCAGGAGGUGGGCGGUUUUGCGGAGGCUGUUAGUGUUGAAGAGGUUUGGGGUGACAGAGAUAGGAGGCAGGAGGUUGUGGAUGGGAAGGGAUGGAAGGCGGAGGGGAGUGAAGGUGGCGCAUUUGCCUGGCGAUGA